AUAAAUAUGGUCCAGACUUGGAGACCUUAAGGAUCUGGCUUGGCACGGUUUCCAGAGAGGAAAAUGAGCGUAGGUUACGUCCUGUCAGUGUUUGUGAGGGAGCUGCCUGCUUCUGUUCUCUUUGCUGGGAUCUUUAUGCCCGUGACUUUACUCCUGCUGCUGCUAAUUGUCUACUUCAGGAUCAAACUCAGAGAAGUCGAGGAGGAAAUUGUCAUGGCACAAGACUCUAGGAAUGCCUUCAUGAAUCACUGUGGCCCGUGGAGGAAACCCAGGAGAUCCAGACAAAAAGAGAGCAGAUACAAGAACUCAAGGGCAUUUAAGGGAGCUUCACGUCUCAGGAAGCAAGCUUAAACCCAAUACUCAGCACUGCAGGUUUAACAAUAACCAGCUGCAAAUAAAUACCACACAUGAAAACGAAACUGGAGAGGAGAAGCCAGUGCUAUGCCAUCCAGCACUGGAUGAUGAAACAGCUGCUGCCAUCCAGAGUUCUUGCAAGCAGCUCUUUGAGCAGCUCAGCAGAGACCAGAGGCCUCCUGCAAUGAACUGCUUGGUUCCUUUGUGUGCCCCAGGAUCUGGGGGGAGGGACAGUGCCCUGCUCACCAGCCCCUCCCUGGCCUGCCAAGGAGAAAGGACAUAAUGAGCUCCUGAGAGAGCUGAGCUGGCACAUCCAAGGCAGGCAGCCUUAUGAAAUCGAGAUGCAUAAGUAACAAGUUGAUAUCAAGCACUCACAUCUGGGAAAUUGAAAAGGGCUUUGAAGGGGAACUGACAUUUAUCAGCUUGUACACUUCGGGAAAGAUUGUGGGUUUUGUAAAGUAUCAUUUCCACAGAAUUUGGAAGCAAAAUGUAACAGUAGCAGGAAACAAAAGGAUUUCUCUCUGCUGACCAAAAAUGCUGAAUUUUGAAACCAUGGAAAGAUUUAGUUAGUAUUCUGUAUUCUGUAAACAGCUAUUACUCUCCUUUAAGGACAAAUGACUUUUGCAAAUAAACUGCAGAAGCAUAGAGUUAUUUUUUUGUAUGUCAAUUGACACACAUUUUUAAAAAAAAUCUUCCUCCCUGCUCCCCUGUAGCUGUAGAUGCACAGUUUUAGGUGCAUCUCAGAUUGCCUGUGGCAGAUGGCCCACAACAAUGCAACUCAAAUAGUUUGCAAGUACUACUGGCUGUUAGCUUCUCUGAUUCUGACUUUCAAGUUUAAACCCAAACUGGCAAGGAAUGAGAAGUGACUGUCAUUACUGUCCUCAGUGUUUACUGUCUCUGUCUGCUAAUGAUUGCUGUCUGCAAUUACCUUUCAUUAAAGCUGUUUGUC